AUUUUUUAAUCACCCCUUUCCCGAAAUAUUCCCAACAGUCGAGAUAUUUCAGAAGAGAAUCUCCCAAUCAGAGAAAUCUUACCCCAAAAUCAUCCAACCCAAAUGCAACACGCGUUUCACACCACUCUAUUCUAAUAAUUAAAAGACACACAGCCGCUGGCAAACGUGUUCCUUUUCUCGCAAGUCGCAACCGCUCACAUGACCGCGGCUGGCGUUGUCCUAUGCGGCCGGCCCUACUCGAUCGCUGGGCCCCUCCCCUCCCUCCCAAACACCAACCCUAUAACAACAAUAGCCGCCUCCAGAUCAUUUGGCCGCGGGAGGAGGACCAAUCCUGUUCACACGUUGAGCUCUACCAGGCGGAGGAUGGCGGCGCCACUGGCGGCGGGAGGUGCCGAUAGCUUGAAGAAGGGGAUUGCGGAACUGUACGACGAGUCGUCGGGGAUAUGGGAGGACAUUUGGGGGGACCACAUGCACCACGGCUUCUACGAGCCGGGCGCCGACGUUUCCAUCUCCGACCACCGGUCGGCCCAGAUCCGGAUGAUCGAGGAGGCCCUUCGGUUCGCCUCUCUAUCUGAUGACUUGGAGCAAAAGCCAGUGAGUGUAGUCGAUGUGGGAUGUGGUAUAGGAGGCAGCUCAAGGUACUUAGCCCUAAAGUACGGUUCGAAUUGUCAAGGUGUCACGUUGAGCCCUGUUCAGGCUAAGAGAGCUCAAGAGCUUGCUGCUGCUCAAGGGUUAAACGACAAGGCAAUUGCCGAUGCACUCAAUCAGCCUUUCCCGGAUGGGAAGUUCGAUCUGGUUUGGUCCAUGGAGAGUGGUGAACAUAUGCCUAACAAAGCGAAGUUUGUGAAUGAGCUGGCCCGUGUGGCGGCACCUGGUGGGAGGAUAAUAAUAGUUACAUGGUGCCAUAGGGAUUUAUCUCCUGGAGAGUCCCUGCGCACGGACGAGCAAGACUUGCUGAACAAAAUAUGCGGUGCUUACUAUCUUCCGGAAUGGUGUUCAACUGCCGAUUAUGUCAAAUUACUCAAGUCCCUCUCUAUGGAGGAUAUUAAGUCUGCAGAUUGGUCUGAAUAUGUUGCUCCAUUUUGGCCUGCGGUUAUAAAAUCAGCAUUGACAUGGAAGGGCAUCACCUCUCUGUUAAGAAGUGAAAUACGAGCUAAUAAGCCAAAUGGCUCUAGUCAUGGCUCUUAUGUGUUCAAGCAUAUUGUGAUAUUGUAA